UGCCUGAUCAUGAUUCUCUCCAACCCAAAAGAACGAUGUCAGCCACCUUUAGCUAUACAGCCGCUUCAUCAACCCUCCUCAAACUGGCAUGCUCUGACCCGUCGCAUCACCCCCAAGACCCCCUUCUACUACGGUGUCUUGACGACAAACAUCUUUUGCCGACCAACCUGCACCGCUCGUCUUGCUCGUCGCGUCAAUGUCCGGUAUUUCCCCACUCCAUCAGCCGCCAAAGCAGCAGGUUACAAGGCAUGUCUGAGGUGCAAGCCUGACGAUGAGUUGUUUAUAGGCGAUGCCGAGGAGGUAGUGAUGAAGCUAUUGGACGCACUGGGAAGGAAGAUCAGGGGACUUGACGCACUGAGUAAGGAGGUUGGAGUCACUAAGAGUUAUCUGUGCAGAGUGUUUAAGAGUGUCAUGGGCAUGACGAUAGGCGAGUAUGUCAAAGAGUUUGAGACAGGGGGAAAGGGUGAGAAC